GAAUACUUGCUGAUUUCUCUUUUGCAUGUCGUUAAUUGAACACCUCCCUCCAGAAAUCUACUCUGCCAUCCUUAGCCAUGUUUCAUUCCCACUUUUACAAACGACGACCUUAGCGUUCUCCUGCGCUCUCCCUCGUUCACCGAUACCACAAUACCAUGUCUUUCAAUACGUUCGACUUACACAUCCGGAGCAGAUCAUUCAGCUCUACCAACGUCUUCGAAAGGAUAGGAAUCUAAUCACCAAUAUUGAUGCAUUCUCUUUGGAGACUUGGACGGCUGAUGCAGAUGUUGUGGUGAACCUGAUGAAUUUGCUCUCUUCAGGUAGAAUCAAGGAACUCCGGAUGUUCGUUGGACCGAACUUUGCACCCGAGCAUCUCGAGGACAUAUUUGAGAAGCCAUGGCACGGCUUACAGUUCCUCUCACUGCGGUUUAGGCCCUACGUCCAGCGGGCGACAUACUACCAAUUCCUCAAAGGCGCAUACUUUGAUUCGACCCUUCUUGCCCUGUCGCGUUGGUCCAAAGGUUCAUGUCCACUACCUUCCCUCAGCAUUAUCCAAGACGCACUCGAUGCUACUAUCGCACCUACAGGCAGGUUCGCCCAACCGCUAGUGUUCUUCCGACUCGACCCCUUCAGGACAUUAUCUUACUCGCCUCUGACUUCUGAACUCGAACACUUCCGACUACGUAUUCCUUCCCGCCAAGUCGCGCGCUUCAUAUAUUCUGUAGCAAAUUCUUUCCCCGCCCUCGAGUUUCUGGACUUAUCGACAUGCAACGUCGUCGAAUCGGAUGUCGAAGCCAUUUUGGGUCGAUUUGGCAAGUUGAAGCAUCUGGUAUUGGAUGGUUGUAGCGUGGUCAGUCAGAGGUCUGACCUUGCAGAAGAAGAGAGGCAAAAUCUGUGGGCUCUGCUGGGGAAGAGUAUGGCACUGGCCGGGGUCAAACUUGCCAAAGAACGCGAGAAGAAACUCAAAGUUUGGUUAGAAGCCAACGUCUUGCGAGCCUCGAUGAAUGCACUCCAAGUUGCAGACGCGGGACCAGCCGCCCCUCCGGUGCCUGUUCAAAGGCGACCAAGGAGAGGGCGAAGAGGGUUGGCGACUGCUACUAUAUCGCUUCGCGAGUCGCUUCCUCCUGAUGCUGAACCGCUUCCCGGACUUCCAUCUCGUCAUACUGGUCCUCCUGUUGCUUUAUCCACUCAGAAAAUUCGGAUCCUACCGCCACAGCCUCUCCUCCGAACCUUCGCCACCACUGCCCCUGGUUACCACAAGACUGUGAAGGACAAAGACACGCAGCAUUCAUCUAUACGUGGGCAAUUUGAACGAGGGUGGGCAGAAGGGGUAGCUCAGCUCUCUGCAAUUCGUGGUCGCUUAUUGCGGAGCUGGCAAGGUGGUAUGAGGGUCGUCGCUUUUCGUCAUCACCACCUCUCUACACUCUAUGAUGAGGAUAAUGAAUCGGGAGAUGGGAGUAGUGAGGAAAUAGGACUACAGGGUUUAGUCGAUGUGCAUACCGCUGAGGAGUUUGUCGUUGAAGAGGCUUUGUGUCCUGUGCUUUGUCUUGCGGGUUCGGGCAAGAAGGGGGCAGCGGAGGGACACGUCGAGGGAUGUGGGCACGUUGUUGGAUGGAACGUUUGGGAGGAUGAAUUGUAGCAUGGUAGUGAUAGAAGGAGUUGAUAAUGCCAACUCUGUAUGAUAUACUCUUGAAGCAAGCUUCAUAACGGAUGAUCGAUUCUUAUAUUUCUCACUCGACUUGCUGCCAACAGUUGUCGACCUAUUUCAAAAUCGGACGACGAAUUCAUUGACGUAGGGCACACUCCCGAACAUCCCGAGUUCAAUGCAACAGCGGUCCAAAACUGGGCCUAUCCUGAUCACUUUCCCUCCUUUUCCUUCGGUUCGAAUUACUAUGUAACCCUUCCCUUUUUUGAAAGGCAGGGCCUUUCAAGCCACUUCUUCUUGAGCAGCGAUCGCCCCAUACAGGUUCUCCUCCAGAAUUCGAGAAAUAUUGCACAUGUCCGAGCCGGAUUUCAUAUUGUAAGAUGUAUGUCCUUUCCAACUCGACAUGAAGCUAAUUGUACAGGUGCUC